AUGCGCCUCAAUGGAGAAGAAUACCUUGGGUUGUUGAUCAAACAGGCAAACCCCAAUGCUACACAAAUUGAGAUUGGUGCUGUGGCAAUGGAACAAGUCCAAAAUCUUGGUGCCGCGGUGGGAAUGUUUACAGAGCACAUCCAGAAAUCCAACCUUGUGGGGCAAGCUGACACUGACCUUGCUCUUUCCAUGACUGACUUUGCUGCCAAGCAUGGGUUCAGCAUCUAUUUGGAAGCACUUCAACCUUUUGCUUUGGGGUAUGGAUAUGCAUACUUUGACAAAAUCCCUGCUGCUUCCGUCAUGAAACUCAUUGUUUCUGCCACAGAGCAGAGAAGUCGAUAUCCCUUUGUUGGCUUUCCUUGUGGAACCCAAUCUCUGGCGGAAGGCAUGGCUGCAACACUGGAAGACAUCCGAUUGAGUGCUCCUGUGACAAAGGUUGAGAAGUUGGACAAUGGCCUUGAAGUUCAGGCUGAUGGCCAGCCAACCGAGACUUAUGACAAGGUUAUCUUUGCCACAACUCUGGACCUUGUUCGAUCCAUGAUGACAUUGGCACCUGAGGUGGACGAGCUCUUUUCCACGCUGUUCACUCUUCGUUAUUUCACCACCGUUUGCAAGCAGGAAGGUAUCACCAUUACAAACACUCUUGACUUUUAUGCUGCUGGCACCUAUGAAGCCAACCAAAACAGCAUUGCUUUGAUUGCUUGGACAGCAAACCCAACUGAAGUUGCCACAACUGUCUACCAGUUUGCUAGCCCAGAUGCCUCCCUUUCUGAUUUGAGCGAUAGAAUGAUGGCUGAACUCCAGUCUUUUUGGGGUGCCAAUGUGACCGAGAUCAUUCUCCAGCGGGAAUGGACCAACUACUAUUCCCAAGUGAGUGUUGAUGACUUUGCAGCUGGCUUCUUUGAUCAAGUGGAUGCACUGCAGGGUGAGGAUGGCAUCUACUACGUGGGUAGUCAAUUCUCAUUUGAAACAUUGUCAGCUACCAUUUUUUAA